AUGGAGGAAGGCGGGAAUCCAGGAAGCUUGACUAAAGUGGUCCAUCUCCUGGUCUUGUCAGGGGCCUGGGGCAUGCAAAUGUGGGUGACCUUCAUCUCAGGCUUUGUGCUUUUCCGAGGCCUUCCCCGACAUACCUUCGGUCUGGUGCAGAGCAAACUCUUCCCUUUCUACUUUCACAUCUCCAUGGGCUGUGCCUUCGUCAACCUCUGCAUCUUGGCUUCACAGUGUGCCUGGGCUCAGCUCACAUUCUGGGAAGCCAGCCAGCUCUUCUUGCUGCUCCUGAGCCUCACGCUGGCCGCCGUCAAUGCCCGCUGGCUGGAGUCCCGCACCACGGCCGCCAUGUGGGCCCUGCAGACUGUGGAGAAGCAGCGGGGACUGGGCGGGGAGGUGCCAGGCAGUCACCAGGGCUCUGACCCCUACCACCAGCUGCGGGGUCAGGACCCCAAGUACAGCGCCCUCCGCCAGCAGUUCUUCCGCUACCACGGCCUGUCCUCCCUUUGCAAUCUGGGCUGCCUCCUGAGCAAUGGUCUUCAUCUGGCAGGCCUCGCCCUGGCCCUCCACAACCUCUAG